CUUAUUGAAUAAUUUUGAUACACGUAGAAAGGCGCUACUAAAUUACACAAUGAAUGCCGACUUAAUUGCAUUGGUUAACUUCUACAGCCUCAUCAACGAGUGCUCAUCAUUCCAUUUCCAGAGAAAGCUUACAAUACCAGAGCCGAGACCCCGCCCGCUGAGGAGUUAUCCUCAGUUGCUCUCAUCUCACAAGGGUUUGGACAUUCCGGAAGAUGCACCAAACCACAGCCUACAUCUCCAUAAUGCAAAAACUUUGCGCUGUCUAACGUUGUUGCUCACGAGAACCAAAAAGACUGGAAAACAACUUCAUCGGCAGUGUUUACAAACGUCAUUUAAUUCGUGAGAAGUUAUUUGACUCCUUCGCGUUUGGCUGUAGGUAGGACACACCUGUGACCGCGGAACGGUAACAGUAUGCUCGAUAUUGAUGUUAGAACCCUCGCAUGGAUGAUAUUUUCAAACUAAAUGUCUUUUCUAUCAUGUUGACAACUCAGUGUCACAACCAAUCUAACUAAUUCUAAUGUGGACGAAAUGUUCUUUUUUUUGUUGCAAUAUUGAAUGUAAAGAAUAGAAAAUGACUCGGAUACAUUAUAUUUUUUCCCUAUAAUGUCGUUUUAGUCCAUCAUCGUCCCUCGAUGCAUGUUGGUGAACUAUGAAAACCUCUUCCCUGAGUCCUGAGGUCUUGCUUCACUAGUACUACUAUUAGGCUACAGCCAAACUUUUGGUGCCGGGCCAAUCAUUUCUCAGGAAAAUGUGACUGCUAGGAAUUCCCCACGCAUCAGCCUCUGUCGGAGAAAACGGUAACCUUGUGUCAGGAAGCGCACACGAAAGCAGCGGGAGGGUAGACUGACCGGUGACUCCGCGAUGAUGUAUCCAGCUAGAGUUCAGCUUACAUCAGGGGUAAUAAUGCAUCUUUAACGUCGCCUCGUUUUAUGGGCAGAGCCACUAAACAGCCCGAAUAAGCCGAGGAAUAUGUUGUGCCGAUGACAACUUCUACCAAGGAGAAACCCGUCUAUCGUCUUUCAGGCUGUUUGAGGUGUGGCCCUCCGGUUGGACCUCUGCUCUCCCCUCCCCCACUGCAGCUCCAUCCAAUCGCUGCAACACGCAGGGCUCACCUGAAAGGAUUUGCAUUGAGGGCCGAUACUCGCCGCUGAUUGGUGGGAAGGUGAAAGCAGCCAGCCUCAGGGCGCCCCUACCAAUGGCGACAGUGCUGCGUGACUCAUAGGGAGAGGACAAGUUGCUCCACUACACUUCUCCUUUUUCUGCUUCAAACAGCAGCCAUUGCAUUGUCUCUCUCCUCCUAUUACACUUUUUUUUUGUCGCUGCGAAAAAAGAGGUGUGGGGUUGGCCGGUGGUCCACACCUGCAGACAGCUUUUCUCCCUUCAGACGCACCUUGGAUUAUCCCCCGAUUCCACUUUUGUUGUCUACUUUUUAUCUCGAUUUCAUUGGCCAUCGAGAUCAACACUUGUUGGGUUGCUAUUAUGGAGCUUGUCAUCCGGAUCCUGUGUCUUUGAGGUGUAGAUGCUCCAGGCACAGCGGGACCCAGCCUCCGUGUCAGAGAGGGACGAGGCUGCUCCCACCUGGGCCACAGCACUCCUCUGAAACUCCAGUCGUGGUCUCUCUCUCACAGCACCGACCACCCAGAUAUAGAGAACAGGAGGACAGCCACAGGGGAGUCAUUUUGUGAGGGUGAAGCUGAGACUCUUUCGGUGCAGACAAGGAGCCAGGAGUGGUCGUAGCCGGGAUAUUUAGGCUGCUCUCUGCCCCCUCAACUCCUCUACCAUGACGACUGCGGUCCAGCCCACUGAACUGGUGUUUGAAUUCGCCAGCAACGGGAUGGAUGAAAUCAAUCAGCUGGACGACCCGUCAGUAUUCCCAGCAGUGAUAGUGGAGCAGGUUCCUGCGGCCGAUCUACUGCAGGUCUACUCAGGACUGGAGUCUGAUGAAGUGACCAACGGCAUCAUGGUGGAUACCACUCUCCAUGUAGUGGAGGAGCCCUCCAUCUUGGUGGGAGGAGUGGACCUCUCAGAAACAACAGUGUCCGGCCCUGAAGACAGCAUGGAGACAAACGAAGCAGCAGCAGCUCUUCUCAACAUGGAGUCUCCCAAUAACAUAUUGGACGAAAAGCGCAUGAUUCAUGCCUACGGCGCUCUGCUGGAGUCCGAACUAUCAUACGCUCCUCUGAGGCCUGACCAGAUGGAUAACAGCGCCCUUGACAUGUCUCUAGAUGAGGACACUUCCUCCAUGGAUGAGAUACCCCAAAAGUGUCCCCUUAAACCACAGAAGAAGACCAAAGUGCGGAAGCCGCGGGCGGUGCGUCCCUGCUCCCCUAUCACCACCCCUAACCUGCCACUGAGGAAGAAGAGCAAAGAGGGCAAAGGCAACACAAUCUACCUGUGGGAGUUCCUCCUGGCUUUACUGCAGGACAAGAACACCUGUCCCAAAUACAUCAAGUGGACACAGAGGGAGAAAGGUAUCUUCAAGCUGGUGGACUCCAAAGCUGUGUCCAAGCUGUGGGGAAAACACAAGAACAAGCCAGACAUGAACUAUGAGACCAUGGGUAGAGCUCUCAGAUACUACUAUCAGAGAGGCAUCCUGGCUAAAGUGGAGGGGCAGCGGCUGGUAUAUCAGUUCAAAGAGAUGCCAGCUGAUCUGGUGGUGAUUGAGGAUGAAGAUGCAGGCUCUGACGCCAAUGCUGGCUACAUGAACCAAAGAUCCACCAACGGCCGCUCUAUCGCCAGAGGAGGCCCCAAAGGGCACGGGAGAGCUCACGGUCAACACCAUGUGUCAGAGAAACAGAUGAAGAAGGAGCCCAAUGAUGAAUAUCUGUACCAGGGAGCAAACGGUGGACAUGCUGAGCACCUGCUGCAGUCGAUUCACAUGUUGCAGGAGUCAGGGGUCCAAGAUCCAGCACAAGCUAUCAGAUCAAUCACUGCUCCUGCAUCUGUUCCCAUGGUCCUGACCUCCUCCGGCUCUCUUCAGUCCGUUCCUCUCACCACCGUCCUCGCCAAUGGGGACUCCAGCCACUCCUCCCCUCCUCGUGUUAUCCUCCACACCGUGCCCUCCACCACAGCGGGCUGUAAAGACGUGCUCACCAUCCAGACGGCCUCUCUCACUGGUGGAAUUAACAGCCUGCAGGACGGUCUCCCUCAGCAGCUCCUGGUCACCAGUCUGGGCUCUACAACCUCCACCACCUCCUCUUCUUCCUGUACUUCCCCUCCAGGAGUCAUUAGCUCCACCGCCUCAAGCCUCCCCCGCGUCGUCACCAUUAACACAACUUGCGGGCAGACCAUGGUGGCACAGCAGCCCGGCACCGUAAUUGCCACCGUGCUAAAAUCGGGCGACUUCUCAGGGCUUCAGGUCAAAGAGGAGCUGCUGGACCCCUCCUACUUUCAGACCAUGUUUGAGAGAGAGGAGAUGGAGGUAGGGGAGGCCGAGCUGCAGUACAGGACUGUGAUCAUUGAUACCAGUCACAACCAGGGCCAGGAAUUGAGUGAAACGAUAAUGAAUGGACAUUCCUCCCAGAGCAGCAGCCCCAGUGAAGGUCUGACCCCCGUGGAGGAGCUGGAGGUGCGCGGGGAGAUGCACCUCCAGCCCGAGCAGGGAAUCAAAGGCCUGCAGGAUCUGCCGUUGUCUGCCCAGUUGCCUGCAAACUUUAUCCAGAUAAAGACAGAGCCUGCAGAGGCUUAGACCUGCAGGACUCUUCUCCACAAGCUGAACCAAAAAAACCCCAAGAACAAUUUUGACCACAGACUCCAUUUUUUAUUUCCCCACCAGUGAUCAGAGCGAGGGAUCUUGCAGCUCUUUAAAGGUUGGUCAGUUCAGCCUCAGGAUUUAUUGUUUACUCACUUAUAUGUGACCAUGUGCCGAAUUUAAAAAAAAUGUAAGGGAGUGUUUUGUUUUUCCAAGAUGUCACUUUUAGAAAUGGGAUUGUUUUCCAUGGACUUAAACCCCACCACACAGAUACACAGACACAAAACAACCUCACAUAUGAAACAAGCUCCCUCUCCAGGAGAACAGCCAUUGGAUAAAGCAGGGAUCCCUGUCCACCAAACGUGCCAGUUAGUCAUUUUCUUACCUUUCAUCUCUAGGACUUGAAAUAAUUUAAGAGAAGACUGCAACAAACCAAAAGCGGGAACUGAAUGCCAAACAGGUGCAAUGAAAUCAGACUUCUGAGAGCGUGCAGAGGGGGUGUCGAUUCUCUUUUAAACCACAUAAAGGUGUCUGUUGCCUUGGAUUAGGGAUGGAUGCUGUAUCGUGGUGUCCAAACACACAUCUCAGAUAUUAAUUGAAGAGUGCCUUACAGGAAGUUCACACAGCUCUUGACUCCGUCUUUGAAACUUCUGGAGAAAGGAUGAGACUAAAUGGCUUUUUCAGACUUGCAGAACUUAUUACUCUUUUAUUUUCAUAUAAACAAAAAAAAAGGUAUGCAUUCACUCUCUAUUACUCCUGGCCUUAAAACACUGUGUUACUAUGGAAAUGGGCAUUUUCUCUCCACCAAGGACAGUCCUGCAUCAAAACAGUUUGUAUAGAGCUGCAGAACGGGGGCUCAGGAAGAUAGGGCGGCACAAAUGGAGAGAAAGAAUAUACAGGAUAAGACAGAUUUUAUCAGCCUCUGCUUCAGAGGCCCUGUGGUUUAGAUCCUGUUUAUAUGAAAUGGAAUUAUAUAUAUAAAUAUAUACAUAUAAUAUACAAUUGAGAUUCAAUUUUAAGGCCAUAUCGAAUUUAUUUAUUUUGUGAAUUUCUAAAUUCUGUAUAAAAAUGGCACAUUUGUCUUCUAUUUACAUGUGUAAACAUGAGGGAAAAUACAAAGAAUAUGAACGUUAGUACCAGGAAGCUUUUUUCUUUUCCUUUUUCUUUGCUGUUUUUUGGACCAGUGUUUUCAUUUGUUUAGCGUUCAUUAUAAUCAGCUUUCUUGAGUUUUUGACUCAGUGCGUCAUCAUUACUCCACUGUUAUCGUGUUUAAUUGUAGAUAUCCCCCGUUUGUGUCUGAUUUAAACAUGUACUGAAUGUGCUUUAGUUCCUUCCUUUUUUCAUCAUACUUCUCGACCUUAUGCAACAGCAAAGCAGUGACUAUGCAUUCCUAAACUUGUUCUGUCUACCACAUAAAGUAUCAGCUCUGUCAAUCAGUAUGUCUUAGAAAUCAAUUCUCAACUUUAUUUACUUAACAAUUCCACCCAGCCGCCUUUCCUUCAUCUACGCUACCUUGUGUUCCUUCCUCUCCUCCUGUGUCCUCACGACUCCUCCUCUCCCCCUCUCCUCUCCUCGGGUCAGUGGACUCUGUGCCUUCUUUAUUUGCCUUUAUUUGCCGUCCCACUUUGUUAAGGACCUCUCAGGCCAGCCACCUGAUCGGCCCCCUUGGUCCUCCCGGGGAUGAAGCCGUAUUGAUCCUGAGAGGUAUCACAGCUAAAUUGGUUGUUUUUUCCUCCAGUCGGACUGUAGCUGUAGAGUGAGGACAUUCAGACACACUGACCUCCAUCUGCACUGGCACCUAAGGACAGGAGUUAAACGCUGCUUUACAACCUCACAUCAGCCAAAGUGCUCUGGGUCUGCAAAGACACUCUGAAUGUAUACUUUCUGUUUAAGUUUGUGCAAGCAUUCGACAAUCAAUAACUACACUGGGUAACUUUUGCAUUUAGGAUUUUCUCCUUUUAUUAGUGUUGUGUAUAUAUCUAAUGUAUCCGCCCCAUUGUGUUUCCCUUCUAGCACUGUUGUCAGUGAGAUUUCGAGGUAUGUCCACUGCUCAUGUUUUGUUGCUUCUUCUCUUCUCUUGGGUUGUCUUAUGCCUCCCUUAUGCUGAAUAUAGAAUAGAUUUUUAAGAAAAAGUCAACGUACUAAUUAAAAAACAAAAUCUUCACCGAA